UCACACGGAGUCCUGAGCAUUCAAUGCCAAGUGCUUAUUUACAUAAACCUACAAAACCUUAGACCAUAUGAAUUCCGUUCACUUUGAUUAUUAUUCCGGCUCUUGUGUUACUAAAUUAUAACGAAAUUAAGCAAUGUAAUGAUGAAGAUACAACGGCAGCUGCUGUACAAAUGGCGCCCGCGCUUCCUGCUGCACCAUGCCUUCGCCAGACUGGGCUCCACCUCCUCCUCUGGUAGCCAUAGAACACGUGGUGCAAGACAACCAUCACCAACUCCAGCUCCAUCUCCAUCGAACCGCAAUCUGGACAUCGAACUGGAUGUGGUGGUGUCUAAGGAUGAGCCCCAUCAGAUAUCAUUGCCAUCGAUGGUGUUUUUCUACAGUCCGCUGACCCGGCUGGUCACCAAACUGUCGAUUCUGCAGCUAAAGUUGCUCUGGGACUGGGAUUUCUCCGAGUCCAACUUCUUGGAGAACUCAUGCCAGGCUGCCGUCGUCUUUACCGACUUUGUGCGGCGCCGGCGUAACCGAAAUGUGGAGCGCUGCAGCACACCCAUGGGGUUCAAGCAGAUCAAACACGACCUGUUGGAUGAUCCAACCGACUGGCGUCUCGACCUCAUGCGCUUUGAAAGGAAUCACAUCCGGCGGGCCAUACCACUGAAGGUGCAGCUUCUGCGGCACUAUGACCACAGGUUCGCCUUCUUAGACGUGGUCUAUGUGGCAUUGCGACGGUCCAACGACUUUCGUUCGCCAACGGAACAGCGUGCAAUGGCGGAGCUGGUGGAUCAAUAUGUGGAUUCCACGCAACUCCUAGUGCCGCAUCCCCUGAUCUUUGCCGAGAUCUUUAUGCGCUUCCGACGCGACUACUCGGUGACACCCACCAAAAUGGGCAACGUGCAGGAUAACAAUCGAUGCAUGGGCCAGUGGCUUAUAUCCACCUACAAGGUCGUUCGCUUCGACAUUCUCAACAAUCAUCCGCUGUUCGAUAUACCCGUCUUUGAUGAAUGGAUGCCACCGAUUAUGCCCAGGAUGGGACGUAGUACCACUUGAAUAAAAUUUUAUGACGACUA